GGAGCGCGGCGCAAGAGGCUGGCUGGGGCAACUGGGUGGGGAGGUGCGCGGCAGCAUCUGCUUUUACAGGGGGCUCUUUGGGGUUUGUCUGAGCGAGUUCCAACAUGAGUAACCAAGCGAUCAGCUUCCUUAAGGACUUCCUGGCUGGCGGGGUUGCUGCUGCUAUUUCCAAGACAGCUGUCGCUCCCAUAGAAAGAGUUAAAUUGCUGCUGCAGGUCCAGCAUGCCAGCCAACAGAUCACAGUUGACAAGCAGUACAAGGGAAUCAUGGACUGCGUGGUGAGGAUACCCAAGGAACAGGGCAUCAUUUCGUUCUGGAGAGGCAACCUGGCCAAUGUCAUCCGUUACUUCCCCACCCAGGCCCUCAACUUUGCUUUUAAGGACAAGUACAAGCAGAUCUUCUUGGGGGGAGUGGACCGGCACAAGCAGUUUUGGCGCUACUUCGCAGGGAACCUGGCCUCUGGAGGUGCUGCAGGAGCCACCUCCCUCUGCUUCGUUUACCCUCUGGAUUUUGCCAGAACCAGGCUGGCUGCUGACGUGGGCAAAGGAAUGAGUGAGAGGCAGUUCACAGGGCUGGGCAACUGCAUUGGCAAGAUCUUCAAAUCUGAUGGCCUCAGAGGGCUCUACCAAGGAUUCAACGUGUCAGUCCAGGGCAUCAUUAUCUAUAGAGCAGCCUAUUUUGGGGUCUAUGACACAGCCAAGGGUAUGAUGCCUGAUCCCAAGAACGUGCACAUCGUAGUGAGUUGGAUGAUUGCCCAGUCAGUCACCGCUGUAGCGGGGCUGGUGUCCUACCCUUUUGACACAGUCCGACGUAGGAUGAUGAUGCAGUCUGGCCGAAAGGGAGCUGAUAUUAUGUACAAGGGCACAAUUGAUUGUUGGAAGAAGAUAGCUAAAGAUGAAGGAGGCAAAGCUUUCUUCAAAGGCGCCUGGUCCAAUGUGUUGAGAGGCAUGGGCGGUGCUUUCGUAUUAGUAUUGUAUGAUGAGAUCAAGAAAUUUGUCUAAGUAAAUAAAAUUAUUCUGUUCAAUUGUGUAAUAUACUACUUGUGGUUUAAUGGACAAAAAAAUAUUUCCUAGGGAAAUUGAGAUGGCUGUCAUGGGGCAAAUCCAGUUCAGAGAAGGAUGCAUAAUUGUUUAAUGGUUGUCCAUUGGAUCAUAGUUAAAUUUUGAAUGAAAAGUCCUCAGAUACUUAUAUUGGAACCUGUUUAUAUAUUAAAUAUCUGCACAAGAUCACUAAUAUACUUA